AUGAGCUUGUCAAAAUCAGAGCGAGAGUCUAUUAUAUUAAAUGACGCAAGAGGAAUACAACAUCCUUUCUAUUAUGUAAGUCAGAGUAAAGAUGGUAAAAUAUACGUAAGAAAAAGAAAGGUUCCAUUAGCGAAUACAGAGAGCGACAACAUUAAGGUGCAUGGCAAGGGUGAAGUCCACGAAGCCCAUAUAAAACCUUCUGUUCAAACUGAAAAGUCAAUAGAACCAGAAGAAAAGAAGCCAGAUGUACUUUCAAUAACGAACCAAGAGCUUAUUGCAAAGUUCGUGAAUUUCAUUGAAAACAAACCGAGUCAAAGAAUCCUGACCCGCCAGUGA